UUCAGGCAAGUAAAAUGUCUCAGUGGAGGGCAGCAACGAAGAGUUUCUUUAGCGGCAGCUCUGGUUCACGAUCCAGAGCUGCUCAUUCUUGAUGAGCCCACUGUUGGAGUUGAUCCACUUUUACGGCAGAACAUUUGGGGCCAUUUGGUGGAAAUCACUAAACAUGGAAGGAAAACAGUGAUUAUCACUACCCAUUACAUAGACGAAGCUCGGCAAGCACAUUUGAUUGGCUUAAUGAGAGGCGGAUAUUUUCUCGCCGAAGAAUCGCCGGAACAGCUCAUCGUCCAAUUCGGAGCCGAAAGCCUGGAAGAUGUCUUCCUGAAGCUCAGCGUCAUUCAAAAUAUGGGAAAACGACGACGGUCCAGCAUUCUUCAGAGCGUUACGGAUGCGAUUCCGAUUCCAGCAGGAUCAGUAAACGAAGGAGCGAUUCUGGACGACGAAGUUGGGGAAAUUUCAGGAGAAUUUGGCGAUAACACUUCAAUGUCCGGAAGAUCAGCCAGGCGGGUUUCAAUUGCACCGGAUGCAUCUGUAGAAACGAUACCCCCAGAACUCCCUCCUGAAGAGGAGACGGAAGUGAAGUGGACCGACUAUUUGAAGAUAGUAAAAUGGUCGCACAUGCGAGCAUUGGUUUGGAAGAACUUCUUAUGGAUGUGGAGGAAUAUCCCGGUCAUGACUUUUAUUAUUGGAUUGCCAGUGGGCCAAAUGAUUCUGUUCUGCCUUUCUAUUGGACAUGAUCCGAACGAUGUCACCCUAUCAGUGGUUAAUAAUGAGAUCAACUAUCCGAUGGAACGUUGCGAGUACAAGGCAGGUUGCAACGCUUCCUAUCUAAGUUGCAAUUAUCUGGAUUAUAUUUCUAACAAUUACUCCCUCAUAAUGAACUACUAUGCAACAGAAGCAGAAGCCCGGCAAACUGUUGAGAAAGGCAAGUCCUGGGCCAUGCUGGUGGUGCCAAACAAUUUCUCAGAUUCCUUACGAUCAAGAAUAGACAACGGUAAAGAUACACCUUCAUGGGACUUGGCUGGAAGCGUCAUUGAUGUGUUUUCUGAUAAGUCGAAUGAAAAUAUUGCCACAUUUAUUACAAGAGAUCUGUUGUUUGGACUGGAGGGCUAUGCCAAGAGCUUUCUGAAGCAAUGCGACAUUGAUCCCAAAGUGUUUGGAAUACCAAUAAAGUUCGAAACCCCCAUCUACGGAUAUGGAUCACCAGACUUUACCGACUUUGCGGCACCAGGAAUAAUUUUAACCAUCAUCUUCUUUAUGGCUGUGGCACUCACUUCCGGAGCAAUGUUAAUGGAAAGGAAUGAAGGAAUCCUGGAGCGAACGCUAGUCAAUGGAAUUACUGGCACUGAAGUACUUUUCUCCCAAGUUAUCACCCAAUUUGUUGUAAUGUUCGGUCAGACGACCAUGGUGCUGGUGUUCGCUUUCCCAAUAUUUCAACUCACACAAAAUGGAAACUGGUUCAACCUCUUCAGUUUGACCAUUUUGUCGGGUGUUUGUGGAAUGUGUUUUGGAUUUGUUGUUUCAUGCGUCUGCGAAAAUGAACGUUCCGCCACUUACAUGGCUUUGGGCAGCUUCUUACCCAUAGUGAUGUUGUGUGGAAUUAUUUGGCCUAUUGAAGCUAUGAGUCCGUACUUAACUUGGGCUUCCACUUGCCUACCAUUAACCCAAGCGACAGAAAGUUUGAGAUGCAUUAUCGCCAGAGGAUGGGGCAUUCAAGUUCCGGCAGUUUACUAUGGAUUUUUGUCAAUUACCUUAUGGAUUUGCAUCUUUUUGACAAUAAGUAUACUGGUGCUCAAGUUUAGGAAAGGCUAAACGCGUUAUUUAUUUAUUGUUCGUACACAAUCAAAUAGUGCUGUAGGAUGUUUUCAAUUGACUUUUUACGGUUCCCAGGAUGUUUUGUAUUUUACGCUUAGGAUGUGAUUAAACUGUUUUUAAGGAGAGAAACGAUUUUGAUCAAUAAAAAAUUUUAGUUUUA